GCAUAUAAAUUACAAAACAUAAUGACUGGAAAUGAAGUUGAACGUUAUCUACAUUGCCCUAAUAUCCACAGUGACGCACGCGAGGUACAAGAGCACGUUUUGCCAUAAAAAGAAAAAAGGUUUCCUGUCACGCGCGACAAAUUAAGGCCAAAGUGGACUUUUUCCAUGUAUAUACGGUAAGCAUUAUCUACUUUAUCGGGACAUUUUGAAUCGAUCUUGAUUAAAUCUAAAUGGAAUUCUAAUUCUUGGUGAAGACCUUAAAAUUGAGAGAAAGUUUCUUUAUAUAAUUACAGCGCGCUAAUGAUAUACGGAUAUUAAAUUGUACUAAGGCUCAGUUACUAAAUAAAUUAAAGAAAAUCUAAUUAUAGAAGCAGCCUCGUGUUUGAACGGGGGAGUAAUGAAGGUUGAUGACGAUACUGUAGGCGUUUAAUGACACCGGGCAUGCUGUAAACCAACCAAUUAUAUCACUCUGGCCCAAGGAUUCGCGUCCUAUUGUCUAAUGUGCCGCACAACCUCAAUAAAGAGUCGUGUGCGUUUGUAUGAGCAAAGAAACAGCGAUCAUUGGGAAGAACAGACAGCUUUCACCAUGAAUACCACUGGUUUCAUCAUAGUUUUGCUGCUGAGCCUGGCAAACUCAGUGACUGGCCGGUCAUUGGCUACGGCACUAGGACAUACUGACCACAGACACAACCCCACACCGCCAGUGACCAGAAUGUACGUCCUGAAGAACGGCGACUGUGUCACCCAGGGAGACAUCAUGCUGAGCAGUGAGGAAUGUUUUCUGUGGGCCCAGAGGAUCAGAGAGAACCGAGAAAAACUACGUCAACGCCACGGGAACACAGAGGAAGAAGAACGGACACACGCCCAUGGUACUAGUGGUAAGAGUGCCGGGAUGGAGGACGAGGAGGAAUUGGAAGAGAUCUCCAAGAGAAAAUCUGAAUCAAACACAGCGCCGGAGCAACUCACUAAUUACCGCAAAAACUGGCGGGUCUACUACAAGCACCCAAAGAAUAAAGAUGUUAAAAGAUCCCACCAAGGCGAGCAACGCAGAGACACCGAAAAUGUCGAGGACCAGGAAGAAAAAUCAGGAGAGCAUGUUGAUGACAUCACAGGGCGCCACCAGCCUGUCCACAGCAAUGGAGAGCAUGGUUUUAAGAAGCCGUCAAAUCACGUCAAAUCACCCGAGGAGGUUGAGGACCACCGUUCAUCUGGUCAUGAUGACCUCAGAAGUAGUAAGAAGCCGUCACAUCACGUCAAAUCACCCGAGGAGGUUGCGGACCACCGUUCAUCUGGUCAUGAUGAUGACGACAGUGGGAGUAAACGUCAUCAUGGCGAGCGUGACGUCACAGUUAAAGAUGAAAGUGACGUCAAUAAGAGGUCCGAUCACCCCCACUCCCCGGCCGGGGUGGUACUCUAUCAUAAAGGGCGCGUGGUUGAGACGUCACACUCAGAAGAGCAGAAGCACAAGCUGAAAUUACCAAACGAUGCUGGGAGCCCAGCGCGCAUGCGCGGAUUUUCUUCGGCCAGUGGCGACGUUUCUGGCACCAACAAGAGAGAUGAUGAAUUUUGUUUUUGUUAACAUUUGAAUAAGACACUUUAUCUUAACUGAUUGACGAACAGCAUAAAGGUUUUAAUCAGCUAUAAAAUGAGACUUUUUAACAAUAUUUACACAGUGCAUACUCAACACUUAUUUACCUUCUGCGGUCACAUUGUGUUCCUUAUGGUUUGCACUGAACACUGAAAAUUUAUUCUAAAUACAAUGUAAAUAUUUCAUCAAUGAUUGUAGCAUAAAUACAUUUUGCAAAGAAAUUCUAAAUUGUCUUCAUUUACAUGUAUAUUAUUAAUUCUGAUCCAAUGUCAUUAUUAUGAACUGAUUAUAAACACACAAUUUACCAUUACAAUUUUGAUCACUAAAUUUACCAUUUAGUGAUCAAAAACCUUGUAAUUUGAUAAGAUAAAAAAUAUCCCGGUAUAUUACCAAAUUGUCUCUAGUCGUCCAUGUCAAUCGAUGGAUGUUGACCCUUGUCAUGUACUGGCCUCGGGACCCGGGGGAUACAUCUAACUGCCGGGGUGACUGGAAUGGUAGUCCCCUAGGGAUAGUAGUCCGUUCUCAAUUACUUUGUACUGGGCACAUCUGAUAUUCUCCAACAUACCUACCCCAAUACUACGACUUACCCUAACCUGUACUAAUUAUAUGGGACUUCCCUUUCUAGGACUGCCAUUCCUGUCACACCUGUCAAUACUC